GGGCAAUUUAGAGCCGCGCGCCGGCGGGAAUGUAAGAUGGCGGAGUAGCAAUGCGAAGUGCUUAGUACUGAGUCUCUGGGCCGACUCGGUUCGGGUCUCGGCAGCAGCAGCGAUCACUAAGCAAAGAGUGCCUAGGGUAGUUGGCCAAGAUGCCGAAUAUCAAAAUCUUCAGCGGCAGCUCCCACCAGGACCUAUCCCAGAAGAUCGCCGACCGCCUGGGCCUGGAGCUGGGCAAGGUGGUGACUAAGAAAUUCAGCAAUCAGGAGACCUGUGUGGAAAUUGGCGAAAGUGUGCGUGGAGAGGAUGUCUACAUUGUUCAGAGUGGCUGCGGUGAAAUCAACGACAAUCUAAUGGAACUUUUGAUCAUGAUUAAUGCCUGCAAGAUUGCUUCAGCCAGUCGGGUUACUGCAGUCAUCCCAUGCUUCCCUUAUGCCCGGCAGGAUAAGAAGGAUAAGAGCCGGGCUCCAAUCUCAGCCAAGCUUGUCGCAAAUAUGCUCUCUGUAGCAGGCGCGGAUCAUAUUAUCACCAUGGACCUGCAUGCUUCUCAAAUUCAGGGCUUUUUUGAUAUCCCAGUGGACAAUUUGUAUGCAGAGCCAGCUGUCCUCAAGUGGAUAAGGGAGAACAUCUCGGAAUGGAGGAACUGCACGAUUGUCUCACCCGAUGCUGGAGGAGCUAAGAGAGUGACCUCCAUCGCAGACCGGUUGAAUGUGGACUUUGCCUUGAUUCACAAAGAACGGAAGAAAGCUAAUGAAGUGGACCGCAUGGUGCUAGUGGGAGAUGUGAAGGACCGGGUGGCCAUCCUCGUGGAUGACAUGGCUGACACCUGUGGUACAAUCUGCCACGCAGCUGACAAACUUCUCUCAGCUGGAGCCACCAGGGUUUAUGCUAUCCUGACUCAUGGAAUCUUUUCUGGCCCAGCCAUUUCUCGCAUUAAUAAUGCAUGCUUUGAAGCAGUAGUUGUCACCAAUACCAUACCUCAGGAGGAUAAGAUGAAGCAUUGCUCCAAAAUACAGGUGAUCGACAUCUCCAUGAUCCUUGCAGAAGCCAUCAGGAGAACUCACAAUGGGGAAUCUGUCUCCUACCUGUUCAGCCAUGUCCCUUUAUAAUAGAAUAAGUUCCGAGGCUUUUAAAAAAUAAAGUGAGUCCCGCCCCUUA